AUGUCGGUAGAAUACGAGAAAUACCCAAUGGUGACCGCAGACCAGCUGAGAGGGCGGAGGGAGCGGCCGAGGAGAGUGAAGAUGCUCACGAGGGACUUCAUAGAAGACUCGCUAUACAAUCCUUCCUAUGGGUACUUCUCGAAACAAGUGGUCAUUUUCACACCAGGAGAGCCAUUUAACUUCAACAAUAUUCAAGACGAACCGGAAUUCCACCGUUUACUUGGACAGCGGUAUACCGAAUUUGAGGACAACUUAGACAAGAAGGAUCCCAAUGAGACGCGGCAGCUAUGGCAUACACCCACCGAGCUUUUUCGUCCGUACUAUGGAGAAGCUAUAGCACGGUACUUGGUCGCCAAUUACAAACUAUCCCAAUACCCAUACCAUGACCUGAUCAUCUACGAGAUGGGUGCAGGAAACGGAACCCUCAUGCUCAAUAUUCUGGACUACAUCCGAGAAGUAGAACCACAUGUCUACCACCGGACAAAGUUCAAGAUCAUCGAAAUCUCGUCCAACCUUGCGAAAUUGCAACAGAAUCAGUUGUUACGGACGGCGGAUUCGAGGGGUCAUUCGAACAAGGUGGAGAUUAUCAACAAAUCUAUUUUCGCAUGGGACCAAGUAGUACCGGCGCCUUGUUACUUCCUAGCCAUGGAAGUUUUUGACAACUUCGCGCACGAUUCUAUUCGUUACGAUCCUGCUACUGAGGAGCCACUCCAGGGAACAGUUUUGAUCGACUCAAAAGGAGAUUUCUUCGAGUUCUACGUUCCAAAUAUUGAUCCGGUAGCCUCACGUUUCUUGAGAGUUCGGCAUGCUGCAACAGGAGGUCGUUACCCCUUGCCACUACACCAAAGCAAGAUAUUACGGAAGCUACGUAACGUUGUGCCUUUUGCGCCGAAUCUGAGUGAUCCGGAAUAUAUUCCCACGAGACUGAUGCAGUUUUUCGAUAUUCUUGGAACGUACUUUCCAAGUCAUCGGUUGUUAACGAGUGAUUUCCAUGAUUUGCCGGACACGAUCAAAGGGAUUAAUGCGCCGGUUGUGCAGACAAGGUAUAAGAGGAGGACUGUACCUGUCACAACGCCUUUGGUGCAUCAAGGCUAUUUUGAUAUCCUCUUUCCUACAGACUUCAAUGUCAUGGAAAUGAUGUACAGAGCGAUCACAGGCAAGCUCACGCGUGUCCUCUCACAUGAAGAGUUCCUGAGAAGAUGGGCAUAUGUCGAGGAGACGGAGACGAAGAAUGGAGAGAAUCCGCUUUUGACCUGGUAUAAGAACGCUAGUGUUCUUACAACUGUAUAG